AUGGGUUCAGCACAAUUAGGAGCCAAAAAACUCCAUGCAGUCUGUGUCCCUUUCCCAGCACAAGGCCAUGUUAACCCUAUGAUGCAAUUAGCCAAGCUUCUGCACUCGAGGGGAUUCCACAUAACCUUUGUCAACACCGAGUUCAACCACCGGCGUUUGAUCCGAUCCAGAGGUCCCGACUCCAUCAAGGGACUACCGGACUUCCAGUUCGCAACCAUACCGGACGGGUUGCCACCUUCAGAUAAAGAUGCAACCCAAGAUGUUCCACCUCUAUGCGACUCCACCAGGAAAACAUGUCGAGGCCCUUUUAAGGAGCUGGUGACUAACCUCAAUUGCUCGUCUGAAGUGCCGCAGAUUACUUGUAUAGUUUCUGAUGGUAUCAUGGGAUUUGGGAGGGAAGUUGCUAAGGAACUAGGGAUUCCGGAGGUUCAGUUUUGGACUGCUUCUGCUUGUGGCUUCAUGGCGUACUUGCAAUACAGCGAACUUGUCAAACGAGGCAUUGUUCCAUUCAAAGAUGAAAGUUUCCUGCAAGAUGGUACACUUGAUAAGCCAGUUGAUUGGAUCCCAGGCAUGAAGAAUGUGAGGCUCAAAGACAUCCCUAGCUUCAUCAGAGUCACUGAUGUUAACGACAUAAUGUUCGACUUCUUGGGAUCCGAAGCACAAAACUGCUUGAAAUCCUCUGCAAUCAUCUUCAACACGUUUAACGAAUUGGAGCAUGAAGUGUUGGAAGAAAUCUCAGCCAUGUUCCCCAACAUUUACACAAUAGGUCCACUUGCUUUGCUUGACCAACAUUUGAGAGAAUUUGCAUGGGGGCUUGCAAAUAGCAAGCACCAUUUUUUGUGGAUAGUUAGGCCUGAUGUGGUAAAAGGGGAUUCUGUUGUCUUGCCUGAAGAAUUUUUCAAGGCGAUCAAGGAUAGGGGUUACAUAGCAAGUUGUGGUUGGAAUUCUACUAUUGAAACUAUAUCAGAGGGUGUGCCUGUAAUCUGCUGGCCUUUCUUUGCUGAGCAGCAAACAAAUUGCCGUUUCGCGUGUUCUGAAUGGGGAAUUGGUAUGGAGGUGAACAAUGAUGUUAAGCGCCAUGAGAUUGAAGAACUUGUCAAGGAAAUGCUGGAGGGAGAGAAAGGCAGGAAGAUGAGGCAAAAGGCAAAGGAAUGGAAGAAGAAAGCAAUGGAAGCUACUGAUAUUGGAGGAUCAUCGUACAAUAAUUUUGAUAGAUUGAUUGAGCAGUGUCUGCAAUAA